AUGAGACUCAACCUUGACUUACUUGAAGGCGAGCGUGAGAAGGCCAUUGUCCGAGUCGUCUCCUAUCAACAGCAGUUGAAGUCUUACGAUGACAAAAGAGCCAAGAUCAGACAGUUUCAACCAGGUGACCUUGAGCUAAGAAAGGUCUUCGUCACUACACAAAGACAAGGGUCUAAAAAGAUGAAACCCAAUUGGGAAGACCCUUACGUAAUCAACCGGUCCGGGGGUAGAGGAAGCCAUACGCUGGACACCAUGGAAAGGGAAGGACAUUCCAAGACAGUGGAAUGCCUGUCACCUGCAAAAAUACUAUCCAUGAUGCUUUUUCCUACCUGCUCAGUCUCUAGCAGAUGA